GUCGCAUGGGCCGCACGGCUGAGGCACCCUGGGUGACGCGAGAUAGGCGUUGAAGACGGCGGACUCAACGAGCAUAGUGCAUGACAGCUCUGUGCUCUGGACCAGGCAGUUGGGAGGAUCGCCUCUUUGGCUUUAUCUACGUUCACUCGCUCCGCUCGGGACUUUUUAAUCCUGGCUCCAGUUACGCCCCUCCCUUUCGACAACUUUGGCUUUGAUGUGCGCUCGGUAUGCGGUGAAGUGAAGAAGAGCUGGAUAAUAUUGAUCAUGGCGGGGCAGCAUUCAGAUCGUUUCGACAUUGUCAAUGGCAAGCAGCUUGCGUUGUUGAUUGCGCCUACACUAUGCCUUGCGGUGGCUGCGGCGGCGGUGGCGGCGAGAUGGUACACGAGGAGUGUCAGACGGAUCAAUACCAUCAACGAAGACGCGCUGAUGCUGGCUGCUCUGGCUAUGAGCUUUGUCGUAGUUACGCUAGUCUACGUGCUGGUGUUCCUUGGUGGAGAAGGGCUUACGAGCUAUGAGAUUCAGGCGGACCCGACAAAGAACUUUGACGUUGUGGAGCGUUUCUGGCUGCGGAUACAAUUCGCACUUGAUAUCUGUUGGGCCACGUCGGUUGCAACGGUGCAGGUGGCCUUUGCAAAAUCCUACCUUCGCCUAUACGAGAAGAGAGUUUUUGCUCGCAUCGCUUGCUAUGUGUCUAUGGCGCUCAUCGCGGUCUGGUACAUCUGGUCGCUCGCGGGUUGGAUCAGCAUGUGCCAUCCACCGGGAGAGUGCAAGCUGCAGAGCAAGAAGUCGUGCAUCAUCAUUGGAUCGUUGCACGUCUUCUUCAACAGUGUCAUCCUCUUCGCCCCAAUACCUGCCAUAGCAGCAGCUGAACUCUCAGGCAAGAAGAAGGCGUGGGUGAUGGUUUUGUUUCUCCUUGGAUGCUUUUGUACCAUUCUAGCAGUCCUCCGUAUUGACUGCGCGAUCGACGUCUUCGGUAACGUCGAUGAUGAUCCGAUCGGUGCGUCGUGGUGGCGUAUCUGCUUUUCCCCAAUCGAGGUCGCUGUCGGUAUUGUCUGCUGUUGCGUACCCAACGUCCGUUCGCUUCCUUCGUGGCGCCGAACCCCUCCACUCCCAGCUGAAGAUGGAGGUAUCGGUCUCCGGCGAAUGAAGUUCCGGACACAGAGCAACGGCUCGUCGACAUCGAAUCUCAACGCACCUCCUUCGCAAUGGAUGCCAGGCAUCAAACCGCAGGCGGCUGCCUUUGUUACGCUGAGUAAUGAAUCGGCACCCUCGGAGAGACUGGGCUCAUUGGGGCUGAACGAAAUCAAGGUUACGAAAGAGUACAACCUUGAUAGGUUAUGAGUGUGUUGUUGGGCGCAGAGUCGAGAUGGCUAGCCCACAGCGUGCAUAUCGGGGUUAGCGACGUUGAUGCACGAAACAGGCGCGCACCAC